ACGAGGACCCUUGCUAAAAGCUUUCUUCAAGGGAGCUGCUCGUCCGCGGAGGAAACUCCUGGUGUCUGAGAGCUAUGGAGACGCUCACCAAGCUGUGUUAUCGUCGGCCAGACAAACACACGGACAUGGAGAAGCAAGCCUAGACUGCGGCGUAAAAUGCAGAUGUACUUCUACACUUGUAUGGUGAGCAGGGCAUCAGUUUCUGACAGAAUGGACACCAGCUGGUUUAUUGGACAAGAGAAGAUUUCACUCACAAACUCUGACCAGGAAACAACAUUGUCCGGCUCUUGCAGAGUAUUUUCCAACCCCUGCGUGACCAUCAACCUGACCGAUAUGCUACGGGGCGUUAAAAGCGAUUCAGAGAAGAGGCCAAUUCCUAUCCGGCCACCAGGUCCCAGAGGGUCUACGCCAAAGCGUCAGGAGCUCCACACCUCUUCCUAUGAACCCAUGCCAAAAUCCAUCAUCCGACGGUCACAGUCCCUGCCGCCUGUCACAGAGGAGAAGAGGCCAUGCAGACAGGUUGGGGUACGCUUUACUGACUCCCUGGGCCUCGACCUGGAGAACAUCAAGCUUUUCGAUUCAGGAGAGGAACCGUCUGUGCCAUAUCAUGUCAGCUUCAGAUUGCUAAUGGGUGCAGAGUUAGCAGAUGGAAAACACUUGGAGAUAUCAUUGCCGUAUUUAAAGCCACUUUUUGACCACCAGCCCAGUGAUCAUCCUGCAUUUGUGCGCCAUCUCAUCAAGCGCAAAGUGUGCCUCGAGAGAGUGCUGUGUUUAGAAUUUGGCGUCAUCGGAAUCGUGCAGGUGCUAAAUCUGGAUUUUAAAAAAGAUGUCACGGCCCGCUAUUCAUUUACAGAGUGGAAGAGUUGUGCAGAAGUUAAGGCCUUGUGGGUGUCCACCACCUCCAAGAUCUGUGAAGGGGAAGCUCAACUCUGCUGUGACGUAUUCCAUUUUCACCUGCCCGUCCCUCCCUUCCUGCAGCCUGGAGCGGUGUUAGAGUUUGCCAUCCAGUACAAAGUGUGUGGAGCUGAAUACUGGGACAACAAUCGCGGACAGAAUUAUAAGUUAGUUUGUCAUAACUACAAGCACACUGUGCCCAAAGAAUGUGAGGACAGCAUGGUUCACUUCUUUUAGGACUCUAGCACUACUAAGCACGAAACACACUUAUUGAAAAAUGUAUGACUUCUUUGUAGUACAACUGUAGCACAAUCACAUUUAUUUUUAUAAACUUAUAACGUCUUUGAUGGACUGCCAAAAAGAAAGUAACAAACAUUAAACAUUUCCAACUGCGGUUUCCAGUUUUAAUUGUGGCACUUUUUAUAUAGCACUUCCCUAGAAAGCACAUUGUCUAAAUGGACAUUACCGGUAAGCUCAUUAAAUAUUCCAUGUUGCAUAUAUCAAGUGGUAAUCAAAGCACCUUUUUAUUAUAUUUAUAAUCACAAAAAAAGACUAAUUCAACACAGAUAGGAAUUCAGUAAAUAUAGAAAAUGGAUGUAUGGAUUUAAAAAAAUAUAUAUAUAUUUUGUAAAUGUGUAAAGCUGGUGGAAAAAUACUAUUUGAAGUAAUUAAAAUGUUUUUGUAUUUUGCUACUAACCACAAAUAAAUGUAAUAGCUGCAGUUUCCAGUUUUAA